CAAACCAGUUUGUCCAGAGCACUUGAAGUACAAAGUUCAUUAAAACAGGCUUAAACGGAGGCUGAAAGAAUACACGCUCUGGAGUAAUCCAUUUUUUAAAAGAUGGUUAAAUGCUUCUAAUGAGGACUAAGAGUUGGAAUAACCACAGUUUUUUAAUCUUGUGUUUAACAGGAUUGUAUUUACACACUAAUGGAAUAAUGGUACUAAUACCUCAGCAUUUUGUCAGUGCUUCGGUGGAUGGAAGUGCUAUUCUAUCAGUGGAAUAUAGAUGCACUGGAGUGCCUACAAUUAGAUGGAGCCAGCUAUCGCCACAGGGAAUGAAAAGUAUCAUCACCUGGGAACCAGGCAAUUAUCAAAACAUUUCAGAGAGCUAUCAAGACCGGAUUCAGGAAUACAGAAAUGGGUCCAUCCAGCUUUCCAAUGUUCAGUUAUAUGAUGCUGGCUGCUAUGUUGUGACAGUGACAGAUAAAGUAGGAAGCAGCAAGGAUGGUAUUAUUAUAUUGAAUAUAAAUGAACCAGUUUAUAAGGACUUGUAUUUCGUGGUUGUUGUCACCACAGUUCUUUUUGCAAUAUCUAUUCUCCUAAUGUUCUUUCUAUGGAUUUGCAAUCAAAGUGUGGAACUGUAUAAAAUGAAAAGGAGAGCACAAAGUGUAAAAGCUCCUACAGAUAUGGAACUAUCAGCACUUUAAUAUUGCAUAACACGUUCCAGUUUGUUUAACCAAGACUGACACAAUCUGAAAAUAGAAGGAACUUGAAGAAAUAACCAACACUAAGAAAAUUGAAUGGAUGAACAGACACAGUUUUUGCAGUAGAUGUUUAUCCUCUGAUUACAUCAUACAAAAUAAUAGCUAAUGUGAAGAGAUAAAAUGUUUUGCAAAAUCAUUAAAUGAUCUUAGUUCUACCAUAUACUCUUUACUGCAAUUAACCUAUCUAUACUUUGGAUGUACUCUGAACAACAGUUCUCACAUUUAGUGCUUACUUUGAAUUGUGGAUAAUACCAAAAGCAUAUAUUAAGUACAGACUAAAUUUGGGUAAUUGAAGCAAUAAACGUUUAACUAAAUUAUAAUGAACGUGGCCCCUCUUGAUGUAUUUUCUUAAAUGCAGAUCGUGAAAAUCCUUAAAAUGUUGAUUUUGAAUCCAUUGAUGAACUCAGAUGCUGAAAACAUUAAUGUAAGAAAUUAAGUCUGCAUAAAGCACCAGAAUGGCAAAAGAGUGUACUGAGGAAGCCACAAUGAAACAGUGGAUAGUUUAAUGAACAUUAUUUUAGGAGACUGUGGGCCAUUCUUAAUAAGCACUAUGAAACUUUGUUAACUGCAGUAUAUGGGCUGUGUAUGUCAAGUAAAAGUAAUAUUUUCAAUAAACUUAAUUUAAAUAAUUUCCAUUAAAUAGUGAAAUUACCAUAUAAAAUGUUAAUAUUUCCAGUGUUUCUAAACAUCUAUUCAUUACCAAAAGUUGAAGAUGGUCUUACUUUUUCUUACCAUAUAUUGAAAAGUUUUAAAGUAUAAUUCACUAAGUACAUUAGUAACUAUAACAUGGUAUGAAGUGAAACUGCUCAUGAACGUUCUUGGUUAAAUUCUGAAUCUGUGCUCAAUCACUUCAACGAAGUGAGAGACUGUAACUCCCUCCCUCCCGUGUUUAAAGAAUAAGGAGGACAUAAAAGAAAACAUUGUUGUCUAUUUUCACUAUUCAGUCAUUCUCACUGUUAUGAAUUUGCGCAAUGGCCUUUACCAACUGAUGUUGUCCUCAAUGCUUUCUAUCCAAAAAUACUCCCAAAACAGAUAUAGUAUAAAAUCGUAAAAAGCUAUAAUCAAAUUAUCAUCUUGCAGAACUAAAAUUGUAAA